GCUAUCAGUGAUCGCAGAGAUCAUCUGAUCUGUAUACUCCCCCUAUAUACUACAUACAUGCAAUAACCAGAUACCAAACCAAACGAAAGUGUGUUUCUCGAAACUCUGUUGUGUAUAAAUUGUAUAAUAUUUAAAAACUACUCCCCUAGUUGCUUUCGUUUAUUCACUGUCAAAAUCAAAACAUAACAAACACCUUGGGAUUCUGCUGUGCAAUUGAAAAUUGUUUAUGAAAAACACUCGGUAAAGAACUCCACACGUGUGUGAAUCCGAUCAAAUCGAAUCGAAGCGAACACUCUUUUUAACGAACAUUUAGCGGCGUUUUUUAGUUGUAUUUUAAGUUAUUUUUUUUCUAACCCUAUCCUUAUAUUAAUGAAUGUGUGAACGUGCUGCAAAUAGACACCUCAAAAAAGUAUUAAAUCAUUAUGAAUAAAUGAAAUAUGAAAUCAAAAAAAGAACUUUAAAAAAUAAAUAAUCUAAAAGCCAUAAAGAAGUGUGUGCAGUGUUGUGCAAAAUGAACAAUCUAAAAUUAUAUUAAAUUAUAUAUAAAACAAAGCUAACAGCAACAAAUAAUCAGUUAAUAUAUCCAAUAAUACCUGUAAGAAAUCUUUCCAAAGCAAACCUUCCCAAGCUAAGAAGUUCAGAUAUCUGAUAAUAUAACAAAAAAACAUAAUAUGAAAAAAAUAUAUUAAAAAAUAGCCAAAUCAUAAUUUACUAAAAUAAGAAAAAUAUCAAUGUUAAGGUUUCAAAUAUCUUCGCCGUCUUUCCGUCGUCGUCGUUGUCUUCUGCGCUGUGUACAGUUUUCGUUUUGCGACCACUUUUCGUUUUGCUUACGUGCCAGAAGAAGAAGAAGAGGUAGGAGAGAGGAGAAUUAGAGAAGCGGAGAGCCAACGUGUCUCUGCCCCAAAGCCUGUCCCCCACGUAAUUUUUCCCUUUGCCCCCUCUAUUUUUCUCCCUCUCUGUCUACCAUUUUCUCUCUUGCUUUUGCGUCGACGUCAACAAUAAAAUCCAGAAAAAUAAUAAAUAAGCAAAAGAAAGUUUAUAACAAGUGCCAGUGUGUAUAACCGAAGAGAGAAAAUAAUUCGAAAUUAUUUUUCAGUUCCAAAUGCAAGUGAAAAAGUGAAAGAACUUUGCAGUGUGUUUCCAAGCUAAACAAACAAAAAUAUUUAAAAAUAUAUAUAAAAAGGCGCCAAAAGCUGAUAAAUGUGUGUGUGGGAUUGGGAGUGUGAUAAGAUAAGCCAAGCACCAAAAAGUGCGAUUAUUUAACAGUCCUUAAAAGUUGGGUAAAAUGCCUUUCAAUUGAUUAAUGGACGUUUAAUGGGUCUCUAAUUUAUCAAUUAACAUGUAAUGUGGAGCACUCACACUCACACACGCACAUUUGUUUGUUUCGGCCAAACAAAAAGCCAUUGCAUACAUAAAUAAUUAUUUACUCGUUCAAAUCAAAAUACGUGUUUGCACAACGACGAAAGAAAAAGCAAAAGGCAAAAAGCCAUAAAAAAGUCAUAAAAAUGCAACAAAUAAAAGUCAAUAAACUUUUUGUAUGACAAAAGAGUGUUCGAAAAUGCUAAAAAUGCCAAAAAGCUAAAGCUAAAUGUAAAUGUAUAUAAUAGCGAGCAGGGGAAAAGAAGAGCUUUUAAAAAGUUCUCCCAGCGCCAGCUUUUUCGAGUCGAGUCGAAUCGAGUUCCCAGCAGCAGUGUGUGCGUCGAGUUUUUUGCAAGUGUUUUUCAAAAAUAUAUUUUCAGUUUUUGCCACAAAAAUCACCAGUUUGUCGUUGUCUCGUUGUUUUCCCCACAGUGCAAGCAAAAAGCAAAGCAAAAGCAAAAAGCGUAGCAAAAAUGCCGGGAAAAUUCAAUUUAAAUCAGCAUUUAAUCGAAAUCGAAAUGGAAUUAUCAAACGCAAUGCUAUUCAGUUCAAUGUCAAUGCCAAUGCAAAUGCAAUUGCUGCAUAUGCAAGAAAUCAAAAUGAAAACGCAUCCCCCCCAAAGCAUCCCCAGCCUUCAACAGUACGGGAUAGCAGGUGCAGGUGGUGCAGGUGCAGGUGCGGGUGUUGUGGUUCAAGAAGUGCCAGAGUUGUCGUUGAAGUUGUCGAAGCCAAUGAAGAAAUCGUGUCCAAGUUCAAGUAGUGGUUGUUGUAAUGUCGUUGCCAAUGCCGCCCCCCGUGACCAACGAAGCAUCGAAUCAGAAUCAAAAUCAGAAUCGGCCAGAGAUUGACGACGGGAGGAAGCAGCAGCAGCGUUUGCCACCGACCAUGUCACGAACUUACACGAAUGAUUGCAAAGCAUUGAUGAGAUCGAGAAUCUCAAGCUGGAUCAUGUCCGCAUGGGUCAGCAGUGUGCCGAUGCUCUGCGCCGCGAGAAGAUCCUCAUGCGGCGGCUGGCAAACAAGGAGCAGGAAUUCCAGGACUAUGUGAGCCAAAUUGCCGAGUACAAGGCCCAGCAGGCCCCUACUGCUUUGGCCUUGCGCACAGCCCUUCUUGACCCAGCGGUUAAUCUCCUGUUUGAGCGCCUAAAGAAGGAACUGAAGGCCACCAAAGCCAAGCUGGAGGAGACCCAAAAUGAGCUGUCCGCCUGGAAAUUUACACCGGACUCUAACACCGGCAAGCGGCUAAUGGCCAAGUGCCGGCUGCUGUACCAGGAAAACGAGGAGCUGGGCAAGAUGACCUCAAAUGGCAGGCUGGCCAAGCUGGAAACGGAGUUGGCCAUGCAGAAAAGCUUCAGCGAGGAGGUCAAGAAGUCGCAGUCGGAGCUCGAUGACUUCCUACAGGAACUUGACGAGGAUGUAGAGGGCAUGCAAAGCACCAUUCUGUUCCUGCAGCAAGAAUUGAAAACCACACGUGAUCGCAUCCAGGCUCUCGAGAAGGAAAACUCUCAGCUUAAGCAGGCACAAAGCACCAAGGACGAGGUUGUUACAAUGGCGGCAACCAAUGGAAGCGGCAACAAGACGAUACCCACCACCCUGGAGACAAUCGAUGAGAACGCCUGUCUGGCGAGCAAACCUUUGAAUUCAGACAUUUAUAAUGGUUCCAGCAGCACCAACAAUGAACAGAACGUGAGCGGAGAACAUGCGUCAACAGCGGAUGAGGGAAGCAAUGGCAACGGAAAUGCAGCGCGAUUGGCACGCAAACGGAAUUAUGAGGAGGAGCCUGCGCCAGCACCUUUGGUGCCAGUCGCAGUGGCCUAUAGUGUUGAGGAACCAGCGCCCAUAAGGGAAGUGACCGCUCCACGAACUCUGCCGCCCAAAAAGUCCAAGCUACGAGGCCUAGCCACGCGACGCAACUCCCAGCUGGAGGAAGAGCAUCAGCCAGUGACGGCCGCAGUUACAUCGGCGGUAGCUGUCCCAUUGAUUCUGGACAAUUCGGGGACGACGGCUAUGACCAGCGAGGAAGCGGCCCCUGCGGGAACAACUAGUGGAGAAUCCGGAACGGUUGUGGGAGUGGUAGGAGUACCAGCUGACGUCACCGAUGCAGCAGCGCCAGCAACACCGGCUCGCAUCCUGACACGACGUCGAUCGGUUCGUAUGCAACAGAAUGGCAGCGGAGCCGUCGACUACUCAACCUAAGCGGAGGCCCAACUAUUUUCUAAAAAAGGGCAUUCUUUAUGAUUUUGUCAUAUCGAUCGAUAAUUCCUGAUGUUUACUUUUGUGAAUUGAGAUUUUUAAGAACAGAGAGAGACUUCAUUUAUAUUCUAAUCUAUCUUAAUCUUUUUAUUUUUUUACAUCUUGCGUCUUGUAAAAUACGUUAACAAUUUGGUUUGCAUGCAGCAUAGGCUUACAGGAUAUGCUAAUUAUAUAGAUGUCACUGCUAUACAUAUGAUAUAUAAUUAUGUAGAACCACACAUACAUAUGAACGAGCUAAAGAAUGAGGCAUAAAAGCGGAUUUCCAAUUUAUGUUUCCCCAAACUGGCAACUACUGAAAAGAAAACACAAUAACAGAAAAACGAAAACUUGGACAAAAGAGAAAACAAAACUCGUCAUUUAGCUAAAUUAGAUUUUAAUUAUAAAUGUAAGGCAUUUUGUAAUACUUACGAUGAAAGUUGUGUAAAAUACUAUAAACUUGUGUUAAAAUAAAUUGUUAAGCAUAAAUAUUAUGUCAAAAGAAA